AUUUGAAAACGCUUCCAAUUUUGUUUAAAUUGAAAUAUAAUUAAAUUUAUAUUGAUGUACUAUGUAGAAAUGUUCAAAACUUCACGAUAAGUAAAAUAAAAAGUGUGCAUCUCCUUUUUAAAUUUUUCUUACGACAAUUUCAACAUUUCAAAACAUCUGGUAAAUCUUCAGUGUUUGUGUUAGUGAUGAUGACGGGAUAUUUACGCGGAAGGUAUUCAUACGAAGCGCUUUUUAUUUGAAAGAUUUAAAACGAAAAAGUCCUAGUCAAUCGCCGUGAUGGACGUAUUAUCACCGCAGUUGAUGUGGAUCGGGACUCGGUGCUACCGGGUGAAUCAAACGAGUUCGGAACAGCAAUAUGAUCGGCAAACAGAAGAAAACACGCCAUAUGUCGAAGAAGAUCUCUACGAGGAGGAUGAUCGCGAACUUGACUACGAUAUUCAAUCCAAUGAAGCUGGCAAACUUCAAACGUCUUUCCAUGUUCCAUCUGCCUUUUUUGCAAUGAUCAUAGGCAACAAGGGUACCACGCGUCGUCGAUUGGAGGCGGAAACCAAAACUCAGAUAAUCGUUCCAAAACAGGGCACCGAAGGUGACGUGAUCGUCAAAGGAACAUCCGCCAAAGCUGUUACUGCUUGCCGCCAACGUAUCGAACUGAUUGUGCUGGGUGCUCGAAAUCGACAACAUUUCACCCAUUUCCUGUCGAUUCCAUUGGAUUCCGAAGAAAUCAAAUCAAACUACAUAAAAUUCCGAGAGAAGAUCCUCACUGAACUGCCUAGUGGAUUUGAUAUGGAUGAAUCACUGUUUCAAAAACCGGAGAAGCUUCACCUGACGAUAUGUAUGAUGAGUCUGAUGGACAACGUGGACCGGGCAGAAGCGGCUCAGCUGCUUCUAGAUUGCAACGAAUCGUUUAUUAAAUCAACUAUAGCAGAGUAUGGUCCCAUCGAAGUACGUGUAAACAGUUUGGCUUACAUGAAUGAUGAUCCCAGCUCGGUGGAUGUACUAUAUGCAAAGGUGGUGUCAGAACCUCUCCAGCGUAUUGCCGACCAGUUAAUGGAGUACUUCGUAGCGAAAGGGUUGGUUCAACGGCAGUACGAUCACGUCAAGCUACACGCUACACUAAUCAAUUCAAAGUUUGCACAGCACCGAACUGCAGAAGAAGGGGCCGACGAUUGGAAGCAUCAUCGUCAUCAGCGUCACAAUCAUAGGGACAAGUUCGAUGCAACAUCCAUUUUGCAAAAGUUUUCUGAUUUUGAUUUCGGCGUUCAGAAGAUUUCGGAGAUCCAUCUGUCCCAGCGUUUCUCGACCGCUUGCAACGGGUUCUACGAGGCAACCGGCAUGGUGAAGCUGUGAACUGGAUUUACGAAUAUAUAUGACAUACAUUUAAACUGUCUCGUAAUGUUAUAGGAGUUUUUCUCAGCAAUAAUAACACAUCGAUCGUAAAUAUAGAAUCAUGAAUAACAUUCGAAAAUGUACGAGUAUAUUUGACUUAAUUGGCUUUAAGAACACUUAAUAAACUAUUUUGGCAAUCAUUCGAGUAAUAA